CUCGGAUGUAACAGUGUCAGGAUACGGUAUUGGCUGACCUCUCCAAGGCCAGGGAUUAAUACUCUUUCCUCCUGAUGUUGGAUUUGUUUGCUACACCAAGUUUGCUUUGUCAAACCUCCACUUAUAUCAAGCUACUAUCAUCUGUCUGCGUUCAUCAAAGGCAGAAUAACAUGAGCAGCCAUUACAUAUGAUACGGACUCGCUCCCACAGCAGUAUCAUGGAUACGUCCACUCCAAUUGCAAGAAGUAAACAUUUCUCACGGUUACACAAUGAGUCCUCGUAAAAGCCAAGUCUCCCUCAGGACAACUGCCCGUCAACCACCAAAAAGCAUAACGACAACAACCUACAUACAUAGCAAACGCACCACCAUGUCCAGCGGCAGAAAUCAUACUGACCCUCGCUGGGAGCACCAAACCACAUUUCGCACCGUAGUCUCCCAAGAAGAACAAGAGCGAGCUCGUAGACACGGCCACGAGGUGCCUUUGCUGGAAAGCAGACUUGAGAUGUUGAACAGACAUCUCCUGGACACCAAUCAUCAGCUCAGAACAAAGCUUGACGAACUUCGCUCGCUGCAGCGCAAGUAUGAAGAGUUGAACAGAGCUCACAACAAUAUUGUCGCAUCCAAUAGAAGAGUGGUCAAAAAAAACGGAGAGCUGGUCCAGGAGAACGAUAUGCUGAGGGGUCUGCACAUGAAUGGGCGUCAUUUAUGAGUUGCGGCACGGCUGAGUCUGACUCUAUCCAUCACCUCGUGUGUUAGCAGAGGCAAAUGGAAGUAUGCGGCCAUUCAAGGAUUUUGAAGGCGCAUGAAGCUUCAAUGUUG